CCACCGUCGGCGUAAAAACGGAAUACCUACUUGUUGUGAGUGACACCCGUUUGGUUAAACUCAAGUCUAGGUUCAACCAUGAAGCACAUCAGCUUAGCUGCGGUAGUUUAUGUUGUAAUUUUCGGGCUUUCGUCGUUCAAUUUUCUAGAUUGUCAUCUUCAAGGUAUUUAAACCGUAUGCAUACAUAUAUUAUUGUUGUUGUUAUUAUUAUUAUUAUUAUUUUUUUUUUAAUAUUUUUAAACAUAAUAUACCUACGUAGAGACUUUUUUGUAUUUUUACACAUAACAAACAUUUAUUAACAAAAUUAAAUCGUGCACGAUUUUCGGUUGGUUCGAAAUAACGCGACGAAUUACGGAAUUCGUUACGUAAAAUAUUUUUAUUUCUAAACCGAUAUUAUAUACUAUAAUCGUACACGCCUAUUAUAAUAGAUUUAAAUUAUUAGAGCCUAAUAAAUGCAUUAAAAAGUUCAUUUUUAUUAAAUUAAUUAAAUUUCGUGAAUUAUUAUUUGCAUUACACGCAACGUAAAAUACGUUUAUACCGUAGAUUUAUAAAUUUGAUAGGUAUAUCAGAUACUAUUAUAUCCAACGUCAUUUAAAUGUCAAGUAUUUGAUGAUAAUUUGUGUAGAUAAAUAAUAUGAUUUUGUCGCAUAUAAUAUACGUAUCCAGAAAACAAAUUAAUAAAUCGUUUAAUGUUUGUAAUAUUAUUUUAGAAAUUUCGUUUUUUUUUUUUAAAGCGAUUAAAUGUUUUAUUAUUUAUUUGUUUAUUAAAAAAAAAAAAGUCUCUUGUCAUAUUUUGAUUAAAGCAUGAUUUCUAGGAGAAAAGUUGUUUACAAACAGAAAAAAAAUACACUUCAUAGUAAAACCAAUAUAAAUCCCUCGCUUCACUCAGAAUCUUAGAAAAAUGUAUAGAUACCUAAGUAUUUUAGGUUUUGCUAAAUAAUAUUAACAUAUAUUAUUUUUGUUUUACAUUUUAUAAACUAUACAAAAGGGAUGCCUUUUACUGAGAGGUAAAAGUUUUUACGUGAAAAAAAAAAUUUAAACUUUAAAUCGCAUACAUAUUGACAAACAUUAUUGUUAAAAAAUAGAUUUUAUUGGGUAGAAUAGAAAAUUCCAUGAAUAGGUUUUGAGAAUUGUUAUGUAAUAGAUUUUUAUGUUAUGUGAUAGAAGUAGAUAGGUAGGUACCUAAUAAACAUUAAAAUAUAUGUAUUCUGUCAUAUUGAUUCUAUAUAAAAUAUAUUUGGAUAUUUAUUUGAAACAAGGUUUUAUGCAUAGGCACAACUAGAUAGUGAUUGGGAGUGUUGAAACUCUUCCAAGCUAUAAUUUAGCAUUUUCAGAUUUAUUUCAGCACCUUUAGUCCAAAAAACACCAACAACUAUUUUCAAAAAGGCAGUUUCUGUAUUUUUUUCUGUUGGUUGAUUUUUUUUAAUUUUUUGAUCUAAUAUUUUUAUCAUAUAUUGCCUUGUUAUACGAGAUUUCCGCUACAGCCCCGCGUAUACAUUGUCUCCCGUCGUCCGUUAGUCACGUCCUCCGGUGGUUCGUUGUAUUUGACAUGAUUUAAGAUUGUACUUAUGUCAAAUAUCUAUUCUAAAAAUCAGAAAACUAAACAUAUUUGUUGGGAGAAUACUUUUCUAAUUGUGUAUAAAUUGUUACAAGUUAUUUUUUGUCAAUGCUCCGUCUAAAACAAUGGUUAAAAGCAGAGGGUCCUAAUAUAAAGCAACAACGUUUUGCAAAUGUAUUAUUAUUUAUCAUUAAAAGAAGGUGUAGUUAAUAUUUUUAUUUCCUUAGAAAAACUAUGUAAAAAUUCUAUCAGAAAUUAUAUACAAAUAUGUAAAUUGAAAAAGAGUUGAUAAAUCAAUGUUAAUGAAGUACGAUUUUGAACGAAAAUCAGUUAAACAUGUUUCUACAUGACGUAAUUUGUACGAUUUCCAUCAAUUUGAACAUAAAGCUCUUAUAAAAGAAAAAUGCUAUACACGCUCAAUUAUUAUUAUUAUUUUUUUUUUGACCAUUAGGUACGACUUAUAAAUUAUAAUGAAUUUUGAGUUCAAUUUUCAAGCAUUUCUUUUCAGUCAUCAUAAUUUUAUCCAUGUAUGAAACCGAAUAAAAAGUGAAAAAAAAAAUAAUAGAAAAUGUUCAAUGCCUAUUGAUGACAAAAAAAAUCUACCUCGUUUAGAAAAAGGUAAUUUAAGUAUUUUGUCAACAUACAUUUUUACGAUUACUUUGAACCGAAUUACAACAAAAAAAUAAAAUCGAAAAUAAUGAAACGGUUAUUUUCAUAAACUGUUCCGUGUUUACUAAGAUUGACCCCAGUUUUACGCAAUUAUUCAAAAAUCUAUAAGAAAAAUAAAAAUAAAAACCACUUUUUAUCUACCCACUAGACAAAAUCGCUUUUCAGAAAAAAUGCUACAAUGAAAUCCGGAGCCAGAUUUCUGGUAGAAAAACAAAAUGGAAAAUUAAAAUGAAAAUUGCAUUGCCUGUGUCCGUUUAGCCUAUACGUUUUUUCCCAAUAAUUAUGAAAAGUAAAAAGAAAGUAAAAAAUUUACUUCUCGAUGCACCAAUUAGAUUUAAGACACUACAAAAAAAGAUCUCUUGUCAUUUUGUAUCGGAACAAUAUAUCUGGUAAAAAAAGUCGCUAAUAAAAAGAACAAAAAUAUUAAAGUAUUACAAAUAUUUAAGACAGGUAGGUACCUAUUUAUUAUGGAAUGCACUUUAAAAAAACACCCAAUAAUACAUGUAUUAUAAUACAAUGUACUUUAGUAUAAAAAUCAACAUUUUUUUAUUUUUCUGUUCAUUCAUAAAUACUAAUGAGGAACGGUAUUUGGGGGUGUUUAUCUAACCCUCGUGAGUCGAUGCGUAUCACAUAAUUUCAGCAACCCGAAAAUGUGGAUUCUAGUUCCGCAAAUGAAUUUGUAUGUAAAUCGUUUCACAUCAUGUCUAGUAUUUCUAUAUUUUCUUAGAAAAUAUAAAACGAAAAUAAAAAUUUUUCCCUAUAAUAGAAAUAUUAUCAACAUAAUUAAUGAUAAUUAUUAAUUUCUUCAUUAUAAUAAACGAAAUUGAAAAUAUACCUAUAUAUUAUAAUGUUAAUAUUUGAACAUAUUUUAACACUGCAUUUGGAUUCAAAUGUGUGCUCCGUAUUAGGCACAUAAUCAAUAAUUUUUGUUAAAAUUUAAAUUACUUUUGUACUAUUAUAUUAAAAGGUAGAGGCGUACGUAGAGAUCAUUUUUAAAGGGAAGGGUUGACUAUCAACUAUUUGUAAUAGGAAUGAAUUAAGAGUUGAUGUUAUUUAUUUACUGAAAUAAUUCUACUCAAUAACCCACCCUUGCAGCAUCUCCUGUUUUCUACGCCCUUGUUAUAAGGUAGAUACAGUGGAAAUGUGGUAUUUUCGUAUUAAUUUUUCAAAUUUCCAUACGGCAUAAUAAGCGCAACUGAGGGAGCGAGCGGGUAUGCUUGGACAUCUCCAAAUAUUAUUUAUGACCUAUCAAAAUAAAUUGCUUAAUAAAUCCGGGUCCACGCAUGCAGCAUUCAUCGAACAUUUGUACAUAAAUAUUUGUCAUUCACCGAAUAACAAGUACCUAGUGUGGAUAGCCGUACGUCUCUAUUCAGAUUUCGGAUAGCCGCUCGGCAAGUACCGAAUAUUUUUUAUUUUUUGUCUUAUUUUCACUUUCCGAUUAUAUGUUCAAAAAUGUAUACUAAUACAAUCGUCGUCAAAUUGAUAAAGCAUUAGUAAUAAUACAGUAGCUCUAAUACACUAGUGGGAAAAGAUCGGAGCCGAAUCACAAAUGCUUGAUAUUUGCCAAACAUUUGUUUGUGUUUUUAAUGUAUUUAGGAUUUGGUAAAACAUCUAACGAAUAGUCGGUAUUCAACAAAUACCGCAUGUACGGAGCCGGUCUAAUUAACUCAUAAAUAAUAUAAAAUGUUUUAAAAUCAAUAGACUAAUAAUAAUAUAUUUACUCUAAACAAAUAAAUAGUAUUUCAUUCUGUUCUCGACAAAUUUCAAUGGUCUUUACUGAUAUAAAUGGUAAAAUAAAGAAUUCCUAUUCGUGUAUCUUAGUUACGGUUUUUCAAGCAUGCAGCUAUAUUCGCCAAAUAAUUAGUUGUCGGAUGCAUUUAUUUACCUAAUACGCUUCCAAAUAAAGUGAUUAGUGUUUUUCAUUGUAAAAAUAAAAUGCGAGUCGGUAAAAAAACAGUAUAAGAUAUUUAUAUACAAUGUCAAGACAAACACGACACUGUGAAAAACAUUCUAAAAAAAGUGAAAACCUUUAAAUUGGUAAUUAUUCAGGAUCUUCAAAUAUACUUAAUGUAUUUGUACAGUUGUAUUAAGAAAAUUCUUGUGUACAAUAUUUAAUUAUAAUACGGUGAAUAUCAUUCAUAUUUAUUUGUUUAUUAAGCCAUUAACUAUGUUUCGGUUUUACCUCAAUACCGGAGCAAUAUCGAUUUGUAAUAGGACCAUAUUGAUGUAUGACACGUACUGAAUUAUGGAAAAAAUAUAUAAUGUAUAGCUUGUUUCAAAGGAACUGACAAAAUCAAAUAUAAAUAACUGUUGUAUUCGAGUCUUGUAAUUAUAGUAAUAUAAAUUCCAUAAAUUACCUAUACACUUGAACGAUAUAUGUGUAUUAUAUUUAUGUUUUAUCGAUUUACCCCGUUAGUUUUUUCCCAAAGCAUAUUUUUUUUACGAAAUUGUUUAUUAUUAACAUAAUAUUAUAGAUUUUAAAAAAAGGUUAAUGAGUACAAAAUAAUUUGUACUGGAUAUAGAUUUAUAUACUAGGCGUGUAUAAAAAUUGUACAUUCAUUACAUCAUAGUUAAAUAUAUUUUUCAAAAUGCGUACAUUUAAUAAUAAUUAACUUCAAAAUAUUCGUCUUCGAAUAACAACAUAUUUUAUGAUAGAAAAAUAAACAAAAUCAUCAUCAUCUUCAUUUAAAAGCAGCACCUUGUCGUGAACACCAUACGAGCCUUAUACUUCUAUAUAUUAUUAUCGUUUAUCCUUUUUAAUGCAGUUGCAUUACUUCCUACAUACAACUCAACAGUUGUAUCAAACGUUCUAUAAUAAUAAAUUAAUAUAUUAAUAUAGUAAAGUUAUAGUUUUAGUUAUAUUUUAUAAUAUGGUUUUAAAUUGCUAUUUUAAUAGUGAAACUGUAAUAUUGUAAUACUGUUUAUUAUUGUUAAAUCCAAUUAUCUUGCAGUAGAUACACAUUUGACUGCAGAUAAAUUCUUAUUUGGUAGAUAAAGUAGUUACCGAAUAACUAUUUGGUGUUUUACUAAUCCAAUAUGCCUUAUUCUGACAUUACAAAUACGAUAAUUAUACGUCUGUGAAGGUGUUAUCCCCAUGGCUGAAUCGUUGUAAACAAAUUAUAAGUUGUCAUCAAUUUUAGUAUUAGUUGCACCAGUUUAUACUGGUUUUUGUACUGCAGUUUAAUUUUAUCAAUUAUUUCAAAAUAUUUUUGAUCACUGUACUCGUAUUUGUAAGAAUGUUUAAAAAAAUUAAAUUUCAUGAAACAUAAAGAAAUGUACCAUAUAUAUAUAUAUAUACUUAAUAAGAUACAUAACUUAAUUUUUAUUUAGCUUACCUAUUAUAUUUUAUCGUUUUUUUUUUCUAUUAAUGUGAUUUAAGUAUUAGAUACUCCGUUUUCAAUUUUUCUUAUUUUUUAUUUUUUUUUUUUUAUUUUGGGCAAAAAUGAAACUUUAGGGAACCAAAAUAAAUGUCUAUGAUUUAGGAUGAAUGUCUGUUUUUAUUCACAUCAAUAUUGUGUUACUUAAAGAAUUAACAAUAAUGCAAAUUGUUUAUCUCUAAUAACGGACUAAAAAAUCCGAUUGGUAAUAUACAAAUAUCGAUAGCAGUAUAAACACAAAACCGCUAACAAAAAAAUAAUAUGGAAUAAACUCAUUAGACUCGAUCAGAUGAUUGAUUUUUGUUAACUUGUGAUCUAAGUGUUUAUCAUGAAGACAAAAUUUUCCGACAGUUGAUUUGUUGCCUUUAUAAUAGUUCAUAUUUUUAUACAUAUAUAACAAUAAUAAGGAUUAAGAAAUUAAAAAAAAAAGUUUUAUCAAAAUAGGUAAUAAUAUGAGUAUUAUUAUAGUUCUCGAGAUGUUUACUAACAUACAAACCAACCGAUGGAGUCGAGAGUAGGAAGUUUAAACCCUCUAAUGGCAUAUUCUCGACAAAAUUUAUUUUAAUAUAUAUAUAUAUAUAUAUAUAUAUAUAUAUUUUAACCAAGUUACUUACUUUUAUGGGUCUGUAAAGAUAUUUAAAACGCGCUAGUUCCUGUGGAAAACAUGAAAUCUGAGAAUAAAAAUAAAUGGGGAUGGAGGUUAAAAAAAAACCAUCAAAAGACACAUCAUUGAAAUUACACCAUGUAUACACAAAAUUGCAUCUCUUGGCUUCAUUUGAAGGGUCUUUAGAAGUGUAAAAAGCAAAAAACACCUUAUUUCCGGAACAGUACAGUUAAGUUCAUAUUGAAAUUCAAUUAAAAUUCCAUCGUUUAAAUCAGCCUAUAAAAAUACUUAAACUCUCGAGUUCGAGCGCAUUUAGUCCAGAGAGAGCCGCUAAAAGUGUCUAAAUAUAACGUAAAAAAACUGUCUUAAGAUAAUGGGGACGGGUGCAGCCACUGCUAUAGAAGUUAGGAAGGUAGUAGAGGAGAAAUUUAAUAUAUACCAGAUGUACGGAAAGAUUAAUUAUUGCUAACAAAAAAACGAUUUCGAGCGGAGUUCGGUUGAUAGUGUCGAAAAUAUCACGAAGAUGAAAAAAAAAAAAUACCUUAUUUAGAGUUUUCCUUACAUGAUAGUAGAGCACUAUUACAGUAACAAACAUGUAUUGCAUAAGUAAAACCUGCAAUUAAUUUCUAUCGUUUUGUUCAGAAUCUAAAAUUUAUGUAAACGAAAAUGUACGAUAUAAAAUAGAUAAGUCGAUUUUUCAUCGUAAUGUUUGUCCGAGACAAGAAAAUUGCAAACCAUCCCGACAAAAUCGCGCUAUUAUAGCGUGUCUAAAUCUAAAUGUAUAAAUGGGUAAAUGUAUACAGGCAAUACUCGUUCAAUAAGUGUAUGUUUAGUAAACGAAUAAUAGUAUGGGUUUACACCGUUACCCAAUAUUCUAGAGUAAGUACUUGUACUUGAAGUUAAAUAAUUAAAUUUAAAAUAGUUAAAUUAUUGGUGUUGCUGUGAAUUAAAAUAAUCACAUUUUGUCCCAGAAGAUUAUUAUUAUUAUUAUUUUUAAUUUCCUUUUAACUAUAACUGUUAUAUUGUCUUACUUUUGUUUUUACAUAAUAGUAUAGUUUCAACUUUAAAGAAUAGUUUUUCAACUUUCCAAAGUAUAUUUCCUAUAGAAUACCUUACAUUGUAAUAGUGUAUGACCGUUCAUUAUGUCCGUUUGUGAAAUUCGUUGCUUUGGUUACCAGAAACACCAUUGUUGACUGUGGUGAUAUUUUUUGUUGAUGAUUUAUUUUUUCGAUUUGUCGAAUAUCUUGUUGUUCAGCCGGGUUUUGAAUUAAAUAAUAUAAUAUAGUACAAAAAGGAAAAUUAUCUUUUAACAUUAACUGCAGUAUCUACUCGUAAAUCAAGUUUAUAGAAAUCUACAAGAAUACUUUAUUCGUAAAUUGUUCCCUUUUUUUUUACUUAAUUUAUUAUAAUACCUGGCCACUAGCGUAGGUAAAUUAAUUGAUAAUAAAUCGAGGACUUACAGAACUUUUUGAGUUUAUUUGUUGAUUUUAACUUGAAAAUAUUAAUUUUACGUUCAAAUAUUAGACCCUUUUUUUUAAUUACUGUUUUAACAUUGUUAACAUAUUAAUUAUGAGAAAACUUAAAUAAUUUCAAAUGUUUCAUAGGUAGGUAAUUUUAAUUUUAAUUUUUAAUAUUUAUCGAUUGUAGAAACUGUAGGUAGGUUGCGUAUUACACCCUAUGAAAUAAGUGUAAUAACCAUACAUUUUAUAAAACUUCUUUAAUAUAUAGAGUCAAUGAUUUUUAAUAUAUUUGUUUGAUUAAUUUCUAUUAUUUACAUAGAAUCGUUACAUUUAUGACGCACGAGUAGGUACAUGACUAUAAUGUGACAUCAAUCCUUGAUUUUGGUGUAUUGGCAUCGCUUGUAAUAUAAUAAUAUAAUAUAAAAAUAAUACUAUUACUUUUUGAUUAAAGUACCUAUUUAAUAGUUAUGCAAUUUAUAUGAUAAUACUUGUAAAUUACGAGUAUAUAUUCUUUGUUUCAUAACAAACUUGCAAAGAAAACAUGUCUUUUAUCAAUAUUAGAUUGUAGAGAAUGUAUUCUACACAUUUUUUGAUAAAAAUAAUGCCUAUAAUUUUCAAUAUUUUAAUAUACUCACUUAUAAUAGUUAUAUUUAUGUGAUAUAUCAGACGGGAAAUGUGUAAUAUAUCAUAACCUACCUAUAGCUAUUAUUAAUUUUUAAUAUGAUUAUUCAAAUAAAAAACAAGGUAAAAUGAAAAACUGUCAAAUUGAAAAAUAAAAAUUCUGAUUAGCGUUAAGAAUAAAUAUAUGAAUAUUACUUUAAUUUCAUCUCACUAUGAAGUGUUUGUAACAUUUUUUUAUUUUAUUUUUCAGGAGAUUGGACUAAACAUUUAAAAAUACCUUUUGCGUCCAAAUCUCUCAAACAAAUUUCUAAAUUUAAAUUUAUGAAUUUAUAGUAUUUCACUGCCGUAAAAAAUUGGUUAGAAACUAUAGCUUCUCGAGCUGUAGUAUGUAUAGCUAUAUAUAUAUGUGUGUCGAAAACAUGCAUUUGGUUGAUAUCAACAAUUCAAAAUUACUGAAUAUUGUGUUCACAAAUUCAUAUAAAAUUAGGUAGUUUUUGUGAAACAAAUUGUUGAGGGUGAGAAUUUAUUUGAAAUAAAAAAUUACGCUUCUGUUCUCACAAGAACGAUCGAAUUAUACUCGGAUAUCUGUUUCAUAAAAUAGUUAAUUAAAAUAAAAACCAACUGACAGCAAUUUUUAACAUUUUUAUGGAAUAAAUAAGAGUUGUACUCAGUGGCGCCGAACUAAUAUUUUGUAUGUGCGGCAAUAAACAUAAAUUUAUUUUACACCCACCUACCUCUAUACGGUAUUAAACUUAAGCCAUGGGUGUCAUAACCCCCCACAUCAACUACCAAUAUCUUAAACUAUAAAAUAUUAUUUUCUCAAAUUAUAUUAUUUACUGAAUAAUAUUUAUAUUUUUGCAUUAUUUAAUAUUUUAAUGCAUAAAUAGGUACUUAAAUUUUUUUGUUAGCAUCAACAUUAUUUAUAUGAACAUUAGAAACCGAUAUUGAAAUUUGACAUAGACAGGAAUAUAUUGGUUUUACAGUGAUAUUUGUAUUAGAUUUUGAGCAUAGCCACAGAUCUAUUGGUUUUACUAUGAUGUGUGGUUUUGUAUGAUUAUUUUUUUUUUCUUUGUGUCUAUAAACAACUUUUCAACUAAAAAUCUUACUCCGAUGUAUCUUUAUAUAUCGUAAUACUUUUUCUGAAAGAUAAUUUUGUCUAGUUAGACAUCAAAUUUUGAUUUUUUCGGGGGUUCUCAAAAUAGUUGGGAAAAAUUUGUAAGCAAAUUAUAGGUAAAACGGCAAAUCUUUACUUCUUGCGCCACGGCCGCAGAGUUACCGAUUUCAUUCUUUUAAAUUUAUAUAUAUACACAAUAUUUUCUACCAUAAACAUUCAUAAAAAUUCCUCCAAUUGAAAAACAACAAUUUAAUAAUUAAACAAAACCGGGAAAAAAAAACGUUGAAAGAAUGGAAAAUUUUUGAAAAUAAUGCUUUUAUUAUUUUCAAUUUAGAUUUUUGGGAUUCAAUUAAAAAUAUUCCCAGAGACUUAAAAUUUAGACAGAGAACUGAUAUUUACCUUUCCUAGAAGUAGUAAAAAUAUUCAAAAUAUUUAAGCCAUUUUUGAAUUAUUUACAAACAUUAUAAUAUUGUGAGUUUUUUACGUAAUAUUUAUUUGGAGUACUCUUUGGUUGAAAUUGUUAGACUAUGACAUGACUAUGAUAGACAGAAAUGUUUGAAAAUUUGACAAGAAUUCAAUUGCAAGUCAUACUUAGUGGCUAAAAAAUAAAUUUAGUGUAGUGUAGUAUUUUUUUUUUUCAUAAGAGUUUUAAAAUCAUAUUUUGACAAAAAUUGUAAACAUUACAGCCUUUCAAAUCAUGUUUAAUCGAACUUCUUUCCGAAUCGUUUCUCGUUAACAAUGAUUUAUAGUUGGCUACAGGUAUAAAUUAAAUGACUUUAUAUACCCUUCUUUCCCAAGUACCCAUCUAAAACAAAGGCCACACUCGUUCCUAAUGUCAGCUCUUUUACUUACAUUUAUUUAUUAUGUGUUUUAGCUAUAGCCGCUUUGUGGAUUCAAACAUUUAUUAGGUACAAUUAGUUAUUUAUCAUAGACUAUUAAUUAAAUAGUUAUAGAUAAACUAAUAGUUCUCUGCUUUUACUAAUGCAGUCACACUAUACACGCUCUAGAGCAGUGUAGGAAUAGACUAGUUUGCGUUAUUUAAAAUAUUAUGUCUACUACUCUUUAUAUUUAUUGUAAAAUGUAAUAUGUUUUAACUUAACUAGUAACUACCAAUUCUAGAGAGUAUACCCAUCAUUAAAUGUGUGAGUGGCGGCCGCCAUACUUAAUAUAUAUGUUCGGCGCCAUUAGUUGUACUGGAACUUGAUGAAUGUUUGGAUUUUAUGAACACUGAAAGCAAUAGUAGGUACUAGUAAAAAAUAAAAAUAAUAUAGAUAAAUAGAAGUUUAUGUAAAAGAGUAGGACACCAAUGGGGAAGAAAAGGAAAAUAUGAAGUAUCGUGUUUACGAAGAGAACUAUAUCGUGAACAAUACGACAAAUAUUAUUAAGGGAUAUCAAUAAGGUAUGAUGUUGAUAAAUAUUACGACCCUAGUGAUGACGGUAGUAGAAUUUAAUGAUUAAGUAUCCCGAAAUAGGGAAGAACAUAGUUCAUGAUUACAAACAUUGUAGGAUUGAUGAACGAAUAAUGGACGCGAAAUUAGGGGAUAAAUUAUCUACUCCGCUUUUAAAGAAAACGUAAACAAUCUACUAUCCAGCGUUAAGUAACAAGGAAAUCUAAAGUAUCGCUUAUCGUAAUAUCGGCUUAUUAUACCAACUGGUAGGUACUAAUGUAUCCAGUGACGUGUUUUUGGAGAUGGAAGGCUCCAGAAUUUAUAAUACUUUCGUAAUUAAACGUUUUUUGGAAGACGUUGAAAAUGUUCAACUUUCUCUUUACACAGAUAAUCAGAAUUCCUUCUUUUUGGUUAACAAUACAACAAUAAGCAUUAACACAUUUUUUUUAGAUUCUUAGUGGAGCGAGGAAUUUGGUUUUACAAUAAUGUUUUUUUUUUUUUUAUUAUUUUUUUUUUUUGUAUCCAACUUUUCUACUAGCAAUUUUACUCCAAUUUGCAAUAAUAGCACUUUUUUUAAAAAAGAAAUCUAAUUGGAGUAAUACUUUAAUGAGAUCAUUUUUUGAUUUUCCCAACUAUUUUUAUAAUAAUAAAUGGAAAAAAUGAGAAAAUAGGUACAAUAUUAAACAAAUAUUAUUAAAGAAAAUAUACAAUGCAUAAUAUGUAAUUAUUUCACCAUAAUAUGACAUAUAUAUUGUUGACAAAACCACACUAUUAACCGAAUCCCGCUCAGAAUCGUUUUUUCUUUAGCAGUGGUUAAUCGCUGCGUACAGAUAUACAUUAAAUUUCCUCUCUAUAACUUUUCUAACUUUUCACCUACAAUAAUGGUCUACCCACGUGUGAAGUAUGUCUGGGGGAGGGUGUUCUAGUAUCCCUGGACUAAACGUAAAUAUGCCACUAAAUGUGGUAUUAAUGUUGACCAGAAACCAAAACUUAAUAUUAUUUACGUUGAAACUAAUAUCUGAAGUUAAAACUGUUAAAAGAUUACAAAGAAAAUUAGCGACAUGGAAAUUUAAUAGAGACUAGAGCCGAUAAAUUUAGGAGAAUCGAAACUACAAGAAACUGAUCGGCCGAAAUGAGAUAGCUGAUAUUUUCAUUGCUAAAAAUUACUUCUAUUAUCGUUAAGUAUUCAGCGGAAGACGAUAAAACAGUAACGAGCCGAACAUUUAAAUUUUACAAAAUAUAUUUAUGCACGGCAAUUCAAAUCGUCCAAUCGGAGAACGUAGUUUGAUUGCAGGUUCCGGGCUCGAAUUAUAGAAUAUGUUAGAGCGUUAAUAAAACGUUGGUAUAGAUUUAAAACAUGUAGGAAAAGUUUUAACAUUAUUUGGAAUAUUUAUUCAAAUAUGUUAUCUUAAUCUUAAAUGCAUAAUCAUAAUUAAAUAAAUUUAAUUAAUUAAUUCUAUACAGUGGUGAACAGACCCGUCGUAAGAUAUUUUCCACCCUAAAACGAACAUUUUGAUGCCGGUCUUUUUUAACCAUUAUUAAUUUCAUUUUGUCAUUUCAAUUUGAUUAAAAUUGUAUGCUGCCCUAAAAUAACACAUUGCUUGCUUGUACCCUUAGGGCUGUAUUUGGAAAUUUUACGCUCAGAGGCAUUAUAUAUUCGCAUAACUAUUUUGUUGUAUACAAUUUUGGUUCACAGAAAAUUGAGCCAACAACCUACAUAUUACCUAUGCUACUCUCACUAAUUUAAUAUUGGCAAAUUAGAUAUAUAUACACCCCUUCCCAGUGAAAUUUCUUUUUAGAAAAAUUGAUAUCUAAAAGUUGGAGCAAAAUUGCUGAUAGAAAAGUUGUCUUCAGAAAAAAAAAUCGUAAUGUUUUAGAAAUUUUAUAUUUUCCGUUUUUUUUUCGAUUUUUCGCUUUUGAUGAAAAUACUCUUGAGAAAAUCAAAAAAUGAUCUUCUUAAAGUAUCUUCUCAUACCAAUUUCCUUUCAAAAAAAGAUUCACAUCGUAACAUUUGAGUAAGCUUUCUGGUAGAAAAAGUGUUCACAUAAAAAAAAAAAUCUUUGAAACCAAUACAUUCUUCGCUACACUCAGAAUCUAAAAUGGUAAAAUAUGAGCAUAAAAAUGAUAGGGGUAGGAGUUGAAGGUUUAAACUCCCGAAAGACAGAUGUGUCGUUUGAUAUUAAAACACCAUGUAAAUACAAAAUUGUAUCUCCUACCACAGAAACUUGUUAAAAUUCAUUUGAAAUAAUUUAAUCCAACUGUAAUUUCUAAAUUUGAGCUCAUUUAGUCUAAAUGAAAGCCGUUAGAAAAGUAAAAAAGUAAUGGAAACAACUAUGUAAGAUACUUAAAUAAGUACACAAUAGACUGCAAUAUUACAAUAGCCUCCAUUUUUUGGGAGAAUUCGAUUAAAAAAAUAUAUAAAAAUAAAAAAAAUGAAAUAAACUUAUAGCUAUUUAGAACAUACAAAUUAUAAUACAUAGGUUAAUUCCAACUUAUUAUUUGAUUAAAUGUUAGAAUAUUUAAUUUUUGAUGUAUUUAUAAAUACUAUACAAAUAAUAUUUAACCACGAUUAUGCACCAAUAACAAACUACCAAGAAUUAUAUAAUAUUAUUUAUAUUACAUAUAAGUACCAUUUAAAUUAUAAUAUUUAUAUAUUUACAAAUUUUUAAACUUAAAUUAAAUUUUAACCAAAAAUAUAAUUAUUUUAAUUUAUUUCAAUGCAUUAUGGUUUUAUAAUAUGUUUGUUAGUGGUUUUUUUGUUUGUUUCUGUAUACGCAUUUCCGCAUACUGUUGUCUGUUAUUNCAAAUUUUUAAACUUAAAUUAAAUUUUAACCAAAAAUAUAAUUAUUUUAAUUUAUUUUAAUGCAUUAUGGUUUUAUAAUAUGUUUGUUAGUGGUUUUUUUGUUUGUUUCUGUAAACGCAUUUCCGCAUACUGUUGUCUGUUAUUGUAACGCGAUAAUAUUUGUUUAAAAUUAUCUCGUACCUUCAAACAAUAUUUCAUUUAGGUGAAUUUAAUUUUUAUAUUUCACCUGGUUGUUUUAUUGUACAUAAAUUAAAAUUUGUUUAUACUUUAAGAGCUGUUCUGAAAUAAAGGUGCCUAUCCUGUGCCCACCUAAUAUUUAUUAGGGCUCGGGGCUGAAUAUAAAAUUAUAAUUUUUAAAUGACUUCUAUAUUUUGUUAUUGUGUUAAAAACGUUUAUGUUAGUAUUAUUAUUUCAUUGUCCUCAUGGUUAAUGCAACAUAAGGUUUUUGUAUAUUUGAAAAAAUCCGGCCACUAUUUUAUUUAUUAAAAUGUAUGUUAUAAUCCGUGUAAAGAAAACUAUUAAGAGAUAUUUGUAAACUUACGAUAUUAUUGCAUUUGUAAUAAAAUACCAGGCACUAUAUUAUUACACCUAUGUAGUUACAAUCAGAGCCAUGUUAAAAAGAGGGGGGCAUCAGGUAAAUUUGACCCGGGUGCCUAAAUAAUAACUAUUGAUAAUAAUUAUAAUAAUUUGAUAAAAAAAAAAAUUACAAAUUUUACAUAAUUAUCGAUACCUAUAUUAUGGCAAUUGGCAGCAAUGCACUUUUCUAAAUUCUAUUCACAAUCUAUUCGUAGAUUAAUAUGAUACUUACAGUAUCUAUUUAAUUUAUUGAUAAUAUAACGUUUAUGAACUGUGAUACCAAUAUUUGUGGUUGGAUAUAAGGAGAUUAUUAUUUCCUUACAGUUUCAUUAUAUUGACUAGGUUUCUUUUUACGACUUGUGGGUUUAACUUACAUAAUUCCACCUUAAUGAAAGGAUGAAGAUGGAGAGAAGACACUCUCUCAGAAGAUAUUUUAAGGAAUUUUCACUAGAUAAUAUUACGAAAUAAAAUUGAGAGCUCUGCUUCAUUACCUCACCCCUCAUCAAAUUCAAAUAAAAAUUUAGUUUACCAAACAUUUUAUUACAAUGUGUAGUGUGUACACUCAUUUUUAACUUUAGUAAUUUUCUAAUUGUCUUAGGUCAGGUACCAUUAAUAACAUUCAUCUGAAUCUUUUAGACUUAAGUAUUUUUAUUUUCAAAUAAACCCAUGUAAAAACAUACAGAAUCGAAAACGAUUCUGAGCAAAGUUUGGUUAUAGACAUGCGGUUUUAAAGUUUCAUGAUGUUUACGAUUACAAAUUUGAACUUAAAAUCCUUGUAAAAAAAUUUAAAAAAUGAUAUUUAACAUUACGCUAUACUUGAUUUUCAAGCAUUUCUACUAAAGCCAAAACAAUUUUAUCCACAAAAAAAAAACUAAACUAAAAAAAUCCUUGACAAUUUCAGAUGUCACGUUUUUAAAAGGAAGUACCUAUUCUGUGGACAUUUUAGAUUUCUACGGUUAUUUUUAACCAAAUUACAACAAAAUCGAAAAAAAAAUAAAUUAUCGCUGUACAUUUUUCCGUUUUUCUAUACUUUUAUUUCUGGGUUUCCCCAAUUGUUAAAUAAAAAUGUGAAGAUAAUAAAAAAUUCAAUAAAGCACACAUUAUAGUAAAAUUAAUAAAUUCUUCACUGUGCUGUUAUUGUACUAUAAUAUGAUACCAAUAUUUGCGGCCGUUUUGCGAGGGGGCAUGAUAAGAACCUGCAUAUGGCACCCCCUGCAUAAAUCCUAACUAAGACAUUUUGCUAACCGCCACCGGAAUUGACGGGACACGAGAAGAAAAAAUUUAUUGAAGAUACGAAAAAGGAGCGCUUGCAAUAUUUUGUCCCGAGGCGCCAAAUAGCUAUCACGCACAAUAACAAUAAAUACCUAUUUAACAACAGUUAUUAACAAAUUGGAAUAUACAUUUUAUUUUAUUUGUUUUAGAUAUAACGUUCAGAAAUAAUCUACGUAUUCAGGCAGAAUUCAUGAAACGAGCAGUAAGUUAUAGUGUAUAUUAAAAUAGUAUGAUUAUCAUAUGGUAUUUAAUUAGUUAUUAUCCGCUGUAGUUACCUUGUAAGUUAUAGUAUUUAUUAGAAUUUCAUAAUAUAAUACAUUUUAUUGUGAUAAAAUUUAAAUACUUAUACUCAAUUUAAGAUAGUAUAGUAUAGGUACAAUUUUUUUUAGACCGUAAAAAAUGGAUUUUUCGUGUUACCAUCGUGUUUAAAUAUUGGCGAAUAGAAAAGAUUUACUAUGUAAUUACUACAGUUAUGAUGAGAAGUUUUUUGGAAGUUACAAACGUAUAUUACAACAAUAUUAAUAUUUCGGCAAUUUAAAAUAAUAUUCGCGAUUAAUAAUUCAACUCUGAAGUUUAAGAGGGUGUAGGUAGGUGACGCACGUGCACACCUGUAUUUCGAAUAAUUUUUCUUUACCAUUGUUUGCGGUAUAAAAAGAAAAAAAACGGUGGCCUAUCUUGUAAUAAUUGUUUGUUGACAACACAUUUAAACGUAAUUUUUUGUAUAAUAAUAACAUCGUUUUUUUUUUUUUUUUUUUUUUUUUAAUUUCUGUGUAAAACAAAUGAUAAGAAUUAUAAUUAUAAAAAAAAAAAAAAAAACGACAAAGAAUUCCUUUAUAUUAUUUCACUAAUUUUAUAUUUGUGUACUUUUGUUCAUUCUUUUAUACUAAAUGUAAGUAUAGGCACCACUGCCCGGCUAUACAGCGGACGACCCAUAUAAUGUAUCGUAAUUUUUCACGCGAAAUAAAGCUACGACUGUAAUUUUAAUUAUAUUCGGCAAUUGUAGUUAUUUUAAUAUUUAUAUAAAUAAGUUUACAAUGUUUACCUAAUAUAAUUAUUAAUAAUAUAAAAAUAUUUUUGAUAAUUUUUUUACAGUCUAACCUCGGAGGCAGAGUAAGUUACUGAAACGAUAUUAUUACAGUGUAUAAUAUUUAAUAUAAUAUCACCAUAAACUCGUCCAUUUAUACAGUGGAAGUAGGCUACAUUUAUCCUUUCCUGUUGUUAUAUUUUAUUAAUUUAGAAAUACCUGCUUUUUUCUUUUUCUUUUUUUUUUUAAUAAAGAAGUAUAAUAUAUAAAAUAAUGGAGCGAGCUCGUUUUCAUUGACCUACAUAUUUUAUGACAUAAGUUCAUCUCUAGAUUUGGCAAUAAGUAUAUAUUAUGUCUAUAGUGCAGACAUGUAGUAGCCAGGUAUAGGUAUAUUACCAUAAUAAAAAAAAAGUAUUUUUAUAUUUCUCCUGGGUAAUUGGAUUUUAAAAUAUGUAAAUAUUCCGUAAACUAUAAUAUAAUAUAUUUUCGACAGUUUUCACAUAGGAAUAGACGUGGAUAAUAUAUUAUAUAGUAUCCAAAACAAUCUAUAGAUAUGCACUUAAAGGAGAAGUGAAACGGGAUACGGCGUGUUUCCGCGGUGUCAUCGUGAAGUGCAUAGGGAAUUUUAGUAUUUAAUUAUUACUUUUUUUGUUAUCAUCAGCAUUAUAUAAAUAACAGAUAAAAACAUAAUUUGGGAUUUUGGGCAUUAUAAAGUGAUUCUAAUGUGUAAUUUGAUAGUAGUGAAUUGAACAAAUUUUCUUAUCGAAGUAUAAUUUACUAUAUAUUAUAUUAUUGAAAGUAACACAUUUAGCUCAUAAACCAUGGGGAGAGAAGCCUGAGCCCCACUAUAAUAUUAAAUAUAUUUGGUUGACGGGCCUCUGCAUUGAGGGGCUUCAAACGAUACUUGUCGGUUAGGACCACUUUGUCCCUCCUCUUAUUGCGCCUCUGAGGCCAUCCUAACACUUUGACCUUUGUCCUGCUUUACAGUUAAUCGUACAAAAUUUGUAUAAACCUAUAAAAAGUCCCCGAAUUCCCGCCCUAAUUGCGCCACUUUAUAUGGGUAAUUACUGUACACAAUUAUAGCGUUUAUUACAUUUUAUUUUCAAAUAUGAUGUGUUCGUUUAUCUAAAUUUAAACAAAUUUAUCAUUAUGUACCGAAUUUAAAUAAAUGUAUAGAAUAUAUUUUGUAUGUUCAUAAAACGUCAAUUUUUGUAGCCAGCUACAGAUAGUUUUAAAUACUCUGUUGUUACUCUGGUCUUCAAUAGUUAUCUAUAAAAUAUGGACGAACUUAUUAAAAACUAAUAUUUUGAAUAUUUUAAACUUCAUACUAAUUGAUAAAAAAUGUAAAGGAAAAAAUUGGCUGAUAUGGUUUGUUCACAAGUUUUAUUAGAUAUAUUAUUAAGUUAAAAUUAUUAUAGUGAAAUAAGUUGAUUUUCAUUAGCUAAUAUUUUUAAAUAUAAUUCUAAACAUCACAAUAUAAUAAUUAGUUAAGUAAAAACUUUUCUUAAUUUAAUUAUUAGAAUAUUUAUAUUGUUUUUACCUAAAUGCAAAAAAUCUUAAAAGCUGUACAUCGGUUUUAACUUUUAGGAAAGGGGUAGUUGUUAAAAAUAUAUUAGGUUGACAUUUUUUGUUUACCUUGCUUCCGGGUUCCGACGCAAUUAGGCCGGAACGCUUAUAUCCGGCACUAGAAAUAAAUAAAGUAUACAUCUAUACAUAAUUUAAUUUUUAAAUAUUUAUCUUUAAUUAAAAAAAUAUGUACAACUUUUUCAAGUAUCUACAUUUAAACAAUAUACUUUAUACCUACGUCGGUUUUAAUAAGUUAUGGAUGUAAAGAAAUUAAAUUAGUACAAAAAAGUAAAUUACCAACUUACUUUUAGAUUUUGAGCGCAGUGAUGAAGCUAUUGGUUUUACUAAAAUGUGUGUGUUUUUUCCUCCACUUUUUUGGUUAGUAAAAAUGCUCCAAAUUAUUUGUAUCCUAGGUACCUAAAAGAUGCCGAUACUAUAAUACUUUAUUUGAAAAAAAAAUGUCUAGAAUUCUAACAGUUUUUCUAUACAAUUUAAAAAAACUGUCAACAAACGUCGAUAUAUUGGUUUUAUUUUUAUUGAUUUUUGGGUUACAGUAACGGGCCCAACGUAAAGACGAAUACUUAGAGGAAAAACGAUGAAAUAAAUUAAACUCCAUAUUUGAGUUACAUAAAUAAUCAAUAUUUCCCGCAAAAAAAUAUUACAAGUCCAAAUAAUAAUGAAUAGAGUGACGCGAAUUGCUCGCAUUCGAUCGUGGUGGACUCGUCUGAUUAGACGAUAUUUUGGACGGCGUUAUAUAUGGUAAUGCCGUGUCCCCGCAACCCGUUAUUCAUAGUCGCUGCUUUCUAUAUUUUAUUGUUGUCGCCGGAUUCUGGCGACGGCCAAAACCAAAAAUUACAUAUGCGUAUUAUAUUAUAUUGUGUUACAACCUAGGCCUACUCAUAACAGUAUUUUUAUUUGCAUUAAAUUUAGAAUACGGCUGAUGUAGGUCCGUGUGUCGAAUCGGAAGGGGUUUGAACCCCAAACCCUCCCCCCCUGUAUACGUGCCUGCACGGCCGCAAUUUACAUAUGCAUAAAAUAUACCCAGGACGCAGUUUACGUAUGUAUGAAAUACACCCGGGCCGUAAUUUACACACAAAAUUUAAAAUGAGACGCAAUUUACAGCAACCCCUAGGAUCUAAGUGUUACCUACCUAAUAAUUAUUAAAUAUAUUAUUAAUAAUUAGAUAGCUGUAGGCACAUAAUCCCGUAUUUAACUUGAAAUUGUAUUAUUUAAAACCAGAUAAUUGCCAAAAAUACGAUAUAGAUUAUAAGUAUAACACAUCAAAAGUGAAGAGAAAGUCGGAUGGUUGUUAUAGUGAUUACUGAUUAGUAAUCACUAAUCUAAUCGAUAUUAAUAAUCACACAUGUAAUCACUGAUUAUAUGUUAAUAUUAUAUUGUUAUAUAUGGGUACGCAUAAAUCGUUGUCCUAUAAUAAUUGGUCAGUUAAAGGUGUUCAAUAAUACGAACGGAAUAGGAAUAAUGUGAAUAGGUAUAAUGAUGGGAAAAGUAAAUCGCCGAAAGAAACGAUUGGCCCUCCAACAUAACCUCCAAAAAUCAAUUAAUUUCCGUAGCCAUCUGCCAUUAAUAGGUAUAUAAUAUAAUGAGCACGCGAUUAUUCUAGUUAAGUCAUAUUCUCGAGGACUUAAAUGCUGAUGCUAAUGCUAAUGCUAAUGCUGAAAUUUAAAAGCUAAUAAUUCGGCUGAUGCAAACCGUAUUGCGAAAUAAAAUUUUGGACUCGGCCACAUUACACUAACUUUUUUGUAAUUUUGUAUUCCUAAUAGGUAACUAUUUUGUAUUUUGUACCUUAUGGCCUAUAUUAUUGUAUACUGAUAUAAUAUACUUAUUAAUUGAACUUAUUAUAUAAAUAUAAUAUAUAAUACAAGUACAUAUGAUUAAUUGAUAAUUUGUUUUAUUUUGUUUCAAUAAUCAUUUAUGCAUGGAUGUUUUGUCAAAUUUUAGAGGGUAAGUACCUCCUCAAUUUUAAACCGCGUGCACUUUUACUUAUUUUUACUGCACUUUUACUUUUAACUGUAUUUAAAUAGGUAGUACAUAUUUACUGUUUCUUAACUUACACAAUAAACAUUUUUUCCGUUUACUUCUAUAUUAUAUGUUGAUUUUAUAAGUGUGUACAACACAUACAAUAGUUUUGAUACCUACAAUGUAUCAGAAUGAACCUAGAAUUUUUCUCUCUACUUAAACUUAUAUGAUUAUACGAAACAUGUAUGUAAAAUUGAGGAAGAAAGGCUGUAAUUAUCAUUGUAUUUUCAUAGUUUCUAAAAUGUCUUAGUUUUGUGAGUUCCAAGCUUAAAUACAUUAUCCUUCGCAGGACUACGACCCUGUGCUCCACAAGCUUAAUUUUGUCUUUAGCCCAUCAUAGAAUUUCCCAUGAUAUUAUGACCAUCCUUGGCAAUCUUCUUAGUGGUAAAACUGAUCCUCCCUCCCUCUUGCAAUGCAUUCAUUUUAGAGUCCCCAUGCGUUUUACCCGAAAUGUUACUCCUUUCUUCAUUUAUUUCUGUCUACGGACUAUUUUAGCAACGAGGCAAUUAAACGCUGCACGAGACAGGCUGUUUUUUUUUUUUUUAGUAUGGAUAAUUUUGUCUCUUAUUUAUAGGAUAAACAUUAUAAUUAUUGUAACAUAAAAAACUAAUAACUUGUACAACUUUUUAUACAUGUAAUUACACACUUGAAUUGGGUCAACGCCCGAAUAAAUAAAUAAAUACAUAUUUCGUAAAAAUACAUUUUGUUUAGUAUUGAAACGUCGAAACUAUAGGGUUAAAAAUAUAAUACUUACUAUGUAAAAUGUAUUCGAACUAUAGCCAAUAGGCUUACGGAUGCAGUAAUAUUACAAUAAUCGUUGACUAACUGUAUUUUUUAUGUUUUCAGAUGUGUACCAUGGACGUUAGAGUGAGUACCAUAUUUACUUAUGAUAUUAUGCAAUUACAUUUAUAUCUACUAAGGCUACAACCUACACUAUAUCAUAAUAUGCGCUUACCUACCUGUUUAAUAAUUUGAACAAAAAAACACAUAAAGAGCAGCUAUGGCUUAAAUUAGGUAAACAGACGUUUUUCAACCAAUUACCCAUGUGGGCAAUUUACCCAUUAGGUAAAUAGGUAGGUAGAUAGUUACCUAUUACGCCACUAUAAUACUAAUAAUAUAAUUCAGCUAUAAUUUUUAGCGAUUACUGAUAUAAUUGUAGAUAGGCUGCCUAUGUUAAUAAUGUUGUAAUGAUUCAGCGGGUUAUUUUUACAAUGUAAAUAAAUUGUUUGUUAUUACUAAAAAACGAAUUAUGAUAUUUUUAUCAAGAUCAAUAUACCUACAUAGAUAAUUCAAUAGGCGAAUAAAUAAUUUAUGUUUAUGGAUUUCACAGUGGGAGUUUUACAAUACCUUUACUGACAUAUUCAAACAUUAAUUAUUUCUCGUACAAUCAUAAUAAUAUUUUACCCAUUGUGUUUGGAUAUUACGCGUAAAAAUAUUUUCGGUGGAAAAAUAUUUAACAAAUGCUUACCGGUGUGAAACUAUAAUGACAAGCGUAAAAUCAGGUUUUUUUGAAGCACCUUGUUAGUUAAGUAGUCUACCUACUAUACAUUUUAUAAUAUAUAUUGUCUAUACCUAUUUAUAGUGACCUGGGUCCUGGCACAAAAAUACAAUGUAGAAAUACGAAUACCUCGGUACGAUGUACGGUGGUUUAUUGCAUUAUAAGUAUGGUGUACUAUUUUUCAUAGGACAAUACUCAUUUUUGAUGUAUGUACUUAACAAUAGUGUUAAGUAUAUGAAAUUUAUUUAUUUUUUUUUUUUGAAAAUUAUAAAUGUUUAGGUUGUUUUUACAAUAGAGCAUCUAUAUUUUAAAAUGUACUUUUUUUGGAUUUUCAUAUCUGGUCACCAUAAAUAUAAAAGUGAAAAGAAAACCAAUUUAUAAUCAGUUUUCUAAAAUUUCGUGUUUCGAUUUUGUUUUCCAAAACGAUUGGCGGUGGCGAAAUUUUUUUUUUAUAAAAAAAAUGUACCAUAAUAAUGUGCCAAAUUUCCAAACGGUAAUUCAGUAGAAUUUCUAGAGUGGCCGCUAUAUUUUAUAAACCUAUAUCGUACUGUUCGUAAAAAUGAAUUAAUUACCCAUAAUAAUAAUAAUAAUACUAAUAUCCCGUAGUGAGUGUUAUACGUACCUGUAUUAAUGUUUAAUUAAUUAUUGUAGAGCGAACUUGAUUGCAUCCGUAUUAUUAGUUUUGUUGUAAAAAUAUUCACAUUUAUGUUACCUAUUCAAAAUCAGUUUUUCUUUUUACAAGAAAUAAUCGCGGAACAAAGAGUUAAUUAAUUCACGAAUACGAUAGGUACAUUUAUAUUUUAUGGGCGUACUUAUUUAUAAUUUAUUGGUUUCGUAGUAAAAGUUUUCAAAUACCUAACGGAUAAAAAACUGCGUUCUGUUUACACGGUUAUGUCGAUGAAAAUAUAAGUAAGUACUUAUACCUACCCUCACCCAGGCACUUGAAAGGUUCAUUAAUACUUUUAAUUAAACAUACUAUUAUAAUAAAAUUGAUAAAUUAUUUUUAUCGAGUACCUAGGUAGGUGACAUUAACUAUCGCUGGAGUAUCAUGAUACAUUACGCUUAGAGCUCAUUAAAAUUAACACCUAGGUAUACUUACCCAUGCCAUAUCAUAUAUUUUACAUAAUUUCGUUAAUGUUUAUGACUCGAAUAUAUUUUAAGGUGUAUAGCGACAGCGGCCAAAUUUUUUUCGGUAUAGAUCUAUACUAAGAAUACGUUUUUCGUUAAACGAUCGACUUCCAUGAGAAAUUUUAUAAUUAUUAAUUAGCUAAUAGGUACUUAUUAAUAAUAAACAUUCAUGUACAAAUAAUACAAUAUUCAAAUGUAUACUAUGAAAAUGCUAUUGUAUAGUAAUUAAAUAAAAAAAAAACUCACAAAAAUAGUUACCUACCUAUAUUUCUAAAAUUGCAAUUUGUUCUCGAACUAGAUCACGAUCUGUCCGAAAAACAAUUAACGCGUUCUAUUCACCAGUACGAAAACUUACAUGGAUAUUUAAAACAAUUUAAAUGGACCGAAAUCUUUCUAAAAAAGCUUGAAAUGACAUUGAUAGAAACUUAUAAUUUAUAAUGAAUAUCUUUAGUUCACUUUUAAUUAACUAGAAGGAUAUUUUUAUGACCAGGGCAGAGGAUUAUAAGUUAUAAGUAGGACCCAGGUUUAUAUGCAUUUGCAUGUUUUCUUUUAACAGUUCAAAAAGUAGUUCGAUAAGCUACAAGUUUGAAUUAUGGUCAAUAGAUCCGAAAUACAAAGUUUUAUUUUGCAUAUUUUGAUGUGUACUGCAUGUUUCUGUAUUUUAUGAUUUUUCAUUGCAUUAUAGUCGAAUACCUAAGUGUUUCAUACUCAUUUGUUUUACUCACAUAUAAGUAUAGUUCGUAAAGAAUUUAUUUAAUAUUUAUUCCAUAAUUAUUUAAUGAAUUAUAUUUAUAUUAUUGAAUUAAUUAUAUUAUGACAUUCCAACACACAUGGAAAAUCUAGUAGUUUGGUUCAUAAUGUAUUCAAUCUGAUUAUGUUCUAUUGGGUUACCAAACUCAUACUGAUCUAAAGCAAUCUAAAGUUUGGAGGAAUUUAAUUUUAUCUUAUCUCCUAAAAUAUAUUUCACGCCUUUCUCAGAUUAUUUCUAUGGUAUAAAGUGUCCUCAAUCGAUUUUUACCAUACAAAGUGUCCGCGAUAUGAAACUCAAAUAAUAGAUAGCAUAAAGUGUCCGUUUACCUGUAUAGUGUGUAAUAGUGUAACUAAUUUAUAGAUUUAUACCUAUUACCAAAUGUACUAAAAUACUUAUUUAUAUAAGUAAGCGCCUAGUAAAUAGUAGGUAUGUAUAUAUUUUAUACUUUCACAAGUGCAAUAUUAUAAAAUGUUUUUAAAGUUCUUACAGUAUUCAUUAUAUCUAUUAAUUUAUAUAAUUUUUUUUACACGCUACCGGCAGAAUUGUGGUGGAGUACGUUUAUACAUUUAUUAAAAUACUAGUUAUUUAUUGACUAUUAUAAAUUAAUACACCAAAACAAAUUAUAAAUAAACAUUUGUUUUUUUCAGUACUAUAUUGGUAAAAAAUUUUGGCCAAAUUACUUAUACACUCCUGAUAGAACAAAAAGAAAUAUGAGAACUCAUCGAGGAAUAUACAAUUAUGAAGAAGUAAGCUUUUUGUAUACAAGUAAUAAAAAUAUAAAUUUAUAAAUUAAACUUUAUUAAACACUAAAUGAUAUAAAUUCAAAGCAUUUUUGAUUUUAACUUCUUACUUAGUUCUUGUAUCUUUCAGUAAAAUACCUAACUCUAGUUUAUUAGCAAAUAGUAAGGCAAAAUAAUAUUAUUUAUAUGAAUAUAAAUUAAUUUUAAAUAAUUCAACUGUCAGGAAAUAAGAAAAUAAUAAUAUUGUAGACAAUAAACCGAAAUAUGAAUAAAUAUAUAUAUAUAGAUAAAAUAGAAAUUGUAAUAUUGAGUACCAUAAAAAGUAAAAUAAUUAGUUUUAGUUAGGUACCUAUUACAUUUUACAUUUUAAAUACACUCUGUUAUUCAUAUAAAAUAUAAUAAUAUGCAACAUUUAAAAAUAUUAAUAGUUACUUAACAUGAAAAACAUAAGCAAUAUUACUUUUAAAAUGUAUAUAACUUAUAUAUUUUAAUGGGAAAAUAUUAUAAAAGUUUAAAAAUAUAUGAAUAAUAAAUACAUUAAAUACAUAAAAAUAAAAAUAAAAUAUACAUUAAAACUCCCUAUAAGGCGGAAAUCUCUUUAAAACAAAAACCAACAGUAGUUUUGCAUAAUCUAUUCUCGUAUAUUUUAAUCUCUCUGUAACGAAAACUCAUUUAUAAAGGAAAAUCGGUUGGUUCCAAACGAUUCUAUUAUAAAGUGGUUUAACUAUAUAUUUUUAAUAAUAAUAAUAAUAAUAAUAAAAAUAAAUCAAUAGAAUUGUUUAGCUAUUGAGAAACAACUUUUUAUAUAGGAAUGUGAUAGAUAUUGCAUGCAAUUUUCAAUAAAACUGUUAAAGUGAUUAUUUUUGUUGAUUUCAUUUCCGCAAGUCGUUAUUUAAUUAAUCGUAUUUAAUUUUUCAAGUCUUUUAAAGUAGGUACAAUAAUUAAUGACAUUAUAAUUGAUUAGAUACUAUACAAAUAAUAUAGUAUCAUGUAUAUCAUAUAUAUCAUGUAGUAUUUCAAAAUUAUUAUGUUUCAGGCACCUUACAACUCAAACAUCUAUAGACGGAGUCAUUGGAGUUAUUACCAAUACUAAAAUGGAUCUUCAUGAUGUUUCUAAUUGAUAAAAUAGAUAUACAUUUGUAUCAAAUAAUAUUAUGUAUUAAGUUAUAGUUUAGAUAUUUUUAGUUCCUAUAUUCAAUAUUUAUGUAUUUAUUAAUAAAUAAAACAUAGUAUUUACUAUUCAAUUGAAUAAAUAUUCUUUAAAAUAUUAUUUCAUUCAAUUUUGUUGAAGUAUUAAUAGUAAUAUAAUUUUUAUCUUUUAAAUAUUAUUAUGUUAAGUACUUUAAAUUAAGAUGGUCUAUUUUAAAGUGCAUUAAACAAUAAACAAUGGUUUUUAAAAAAAUUGAUAAAGGAAAUUUGGUUUAUUUUGCAAAAUAAAAUUUAAAAAUAAUAAAAAUAUCACAAUAAUAAUAUACCUAACAUUAGUAUUAACUGACUAAAUAUUUACGACCAUAGAAUUGUACUUUUUUGUCAAACGAUCCACAUUUGAUUGGCAUAUUCAACUUGUAAAAUGGAUUCAUUACAUACUGAAAUCAUAAAAAUAAUGUUAAGUAUUUAGCUGAAAUAUAAUAUGCAUUAGUAUAGAAUUAAAAUGGCUUAAAUUCAUUUGUUUAAAUACAUACAAAUAUAAAAUUUCGUUUUUUUAAGGAAUAGAAAAAAAUUGUUUCUCUUUUUUCAAUACUGUAUACCUAAUUAAACUGUUUUGAUUGAAUAUUCUAAUGGUUUUUUAGUGUUGAAUAAUUGUGAAGUUAUCCUGAUUUUAACUGUUAAACGAUUCAAUUUUUUUGAGAAACUUUCAUUAUAUAUAUAAUAUAAGAGAUACCCUAACCUAACCUAACCUAACACAUUACAAAAGCCCAAUUAAAAAAGAAUACCAAAUACACAAAACAACUAUUUGUGUAUGAACUAUUUGAAUUUUACCUUCAUUAUUGUUUAAGUACAUAAUAAAUACCUUAAUAAACAUUUCAUAGACUUCGGUAAAAAAAUUUUUGAUACCCUCAUCAUUUUUAGAAUCGUGUACCAUAAUAAAUCGCAUGCGGCUAGCUGUAACAAAAGCUGAUACUGUCCAAUGAUUAAAGCGAUCAACACUCUUCAAAUACAUAGAAGUAGAUUUCCACAUUAAUUCAUCAAUUAGAUCUAAGGCAGCAUGAGCUAUAAACUGAUUUAAAUGGCUAUGAUCUUCUUUCU